UGGAGCUCCCAUCAUCCUCCCCUCUGUGUGAAGCCUCAGGAGGAGGAGGGGGGACCGGGCUUUAGGGGGCGGGACCAGUGACUCACCAGUAACUUCCUCAGUAGUAGAACAAAUGUAGCCGGCAAGCUGCAUCACUCUUCGCCGCAGAGAUUUGACUACUGUCACAAGAAACCCAAAAAGUUUUACAGCUGACGAGCGACGCUGCCGAGCCACCGGAGUAGAGACCUGGACCCGGACCUGGACCUGGACCUGGACCUGCUCUCAGUCCUGAUCUGAUCUGAGCGGCUUUCACUCCCAACUUACAGAAGGUGCCUCCAGACUUGAGACAUUACUCCUGGAUUGCAGAAACUUACAAUGGCUGACAGUUUUGACUGUGACAACUGCAAGGAGUCCUUGUAUGGCCGCAAGUACAUCCAGUCUGACGACAGUCCGUACUGCAUCCCCUGUUACGACAGCCUCUUCUCAAACACAUGCGAUGAGUGCAAAGAGUUGAUCGGGCAUGACGCAAGGGAGCUCUUCUACGAGGACCGACACUACCACGAGCACUGCUUCCGCUGUUUCCGCUGCGACCGCUCGCUGGCCGACGAGCCGUUCACCAGCCAGGACGAGGCGCUGCUCUGCAACGACUGCUACUGUAACGAGUUCUCCUCCAAAUGCGUCGCCUGCGACAAAGUCGUCAUGCCAGGUACGAGGAAGCUGGAGUAUGCCGGCUCCACGUGGCACGAGGGCUGCUUCAUCUGUCACAGCUGCGAACAGCCGAUCGGCUCCAAGUCCUUCAUCCCCGACAAGGACGAACACUACUGCGUGUCCUGCUACGAGGACAAGUUCGCCCCGCGCUGCACGCGCUGUAAAAAGACCCUGGCUAAAGGUGGUGUGACCUAUCGGGACGAGCCGUGGCACAAGGAGUGUUUUGUGUGCACCAGCUGUAAGACGCAGCUGGCGGGUCAACACUUCACCUCCCGAGACGAGAACCCGUACUGCCUCAAGUGCUUCGGCAGCCUCUACGCCAAGAAGUGUGAAGCCUGCAGCAAACCAAUCACAGGUUUUGGAGGAGGGAAGUACAUCUCAUUCGAGGACCGCCAGUGGCACCAGCCAUGCUUCACCUGCUCCCAGUGCUCUGCCUCACUGGUGGGCGCCGGCUUUUUCCCCGACGGCGACAGGAUCCUGUGCCGCGACUGCAACAGCAACCUAUAGAGCGGCCCCUUUUACCACACUCUCACUCUUCCUUUGACUUACCUUUCACCCUCCGUCACAGCAUUUCAAGAACCCCGAGUCCUUACCGAGGAAGGUAACGCAGGCUAACAAAUGCUGCCUCUCAGGUUGUUUUUAUAUAAAGAGAUCAGACCAUCGUGGUUCCUAUCCGAGCCCCAUUUUCAUGCAGGAGCUAGUGCUGCAAUGUUUCCAUGAACAACCACAAAGAGUUCCUCUUCAACCAAAAAGUUAAUGAUUUUGUGAAACAAAGUUUAUUGAGUGCCUUAAGAAUAACAUUACUUUAAAUGUUAUGUACUAUUGAACCAAAGAAACGCAAAAUGCGAGUCACUUUGCAAAGAAAAUCCAUCAUAUUUUAUAUCUAUAUAUAUAUAAAAAGUUGAACCUGGUCUCACAGGAAUCCGUGAAAUAGCCACGGAUUCGCCUCACUCAAAAUCUGUGGAAUAGCCACGGAAUCACUCAAAUUUCCGUGAAACUGACACGGAUUUCGCUACAAUGCAAGUUAAUGACAGUCAUAUCCCGUGGCUAUUCCAUGGAUAUUUAAUCCUAUUGGUUUGUUCCAAGUCACGUGACUUUCAAGGUCCCGGCGGUCAGAAUAAAAAACAUGCCGGACAGUUCUCUCAUUUUUAGUGAAAAAAUCAAUAUUUUGACUUAGUUUCUGCAUAAAAAUGGAUUUUGAUUACAUUUCUAGUGAGAAAUAUAUGUUUUAUUUUCUAAAUAUUCACUCAGUGAAUGUACAUAAUCACUUUGUAUGUUGGAAUAGAGAAAUCCGUGUCAGUUUCACGGAAAUUUGAGCGAAUCCAUGGCUAUUCCACGGAUUUUGAGUUAAGUGAAUCCGUGGCUAUUUCACGGAUUCCUGUGAGACCAGGUUGUAAAAGUUGUCACUUCAGGUAUAGAGGUCAGGCUCUGGAGAGAAGACACAAAACACUGAUAAAGUCUAGUAUGUAAACUUUACAGUCUGUAUUUCAGCGUAUGGUGGAGGUACUGUUUUAAUGCUCUUAUAACUGCAGUUUUAAGCAUUUUAAUUGUCAGAAAGUUUAAAAAAAACAAGAAGAAAAUGUAUAAAAACUUUGCUGGUUAUGCUUUCAGUGAGGUAAUCAAUUUCUGGUAGUUAUGAUCAAUAAAGUCAUUUGCACUUUUUAUAUGAUAUUCUCCUGCUACCAUGUUAUGUGCACAUAAAAACACAACUUAAAAAAAAACAUGGCACACAGACCACUUUUUUGUCAUGUAUCUGCUUUUGUUGAACUUUGCAAUGACACUUAUUUUUUACAAGUUUCAUCUUAUUUCUGUCUUUUUUUUCAUUUGUUGUAAUGAAUCUUUCUUUUUAUUUGUAUCACCGUCGCUCAAAGAGCCAGCAUUUAUAACCCAAAAGAAGCUGAAAUGAAAUGAAAUGCAAUGUGUAUUGCAGGAGUAUGCAUGUUUGAUUUGCGUCGAUAAUUAUUUUGUUGCUGUUAACGCUGUUUUUGUUUUACAUUGUUAGUUUGAUACAUGUAUGUGAAAAUUUGUUUUUAAAAAAACAACACCUAUAUUUCACUAUUUCAGCUUUGAUGCUGGUGAGUCAGAGUUGGCAAAUAUGCUUUAUAAGAUGGAAAAUAUGGCAUUGAGGAGAUAACAGUAUGAACUUACUGUAAAAAACAAAAAAAAGAUAAUUGAUCCGGCUAAAUGCUACAUGGUUAGUUUUAUUUGUGAAGUCUUAUUAAAUAAAUUUACACUGA